CCGGCUCCAAUAAUUUUAUUGUUUUGGAACAAAAGAGUUACAACUUCGCCAGCACUCGAUUACCCUCACUCUUGUACAGAUCAUUGAAGCAAAGUUGCGCGGAUACGAAUAUUAGUAUUAGUUGGAAGAUCACUUACUACGCUUUGAAAUUUGGAAAAGACUCCAGAUAGACUGCAAUGGCCGCUCACUUAGAUAAACGGUACCAAAUCGAUUUGUAUAUCGAAGACCCUGAGUGGAAUCGUCUUCACGAUCUAGUGGGGCAAGAUCCGGACAAUUUCGACAACUGGGAGAAUCUGAUUCGCGCAACAGAAGCGAUUGAUGACGGCCUUGGACGAAGCUCGAAACCAGAAGUCAUUGCUGAGGCGCGGAAAAUAUUUGAUGCAUUUCUUGCAAAAUUCCCCUUGCUUUUCGGAUAUUGGAAGCGGUACGCGGAUAUAGAAUUUGCCAUCGCAGGAUCUGAUGCCGCGGAGCUGGUGUAUCAACGCGGAGUCGCUAGUAUCACCAACUCGGUUGAUCUAUGGUCUAGCUACUGCUCUUUCAAAAUGGAGACGUGUCCUGAUGAGGACGAAGUGCGGGAACUGUUCGACAUGGCCGCCGACAUCAUCGGCCUCGAUUUUCUCUCACAUACCUUCUGGGAUAAAUACAUCGAGUUCGAAGAACGAAUGGAACGUCAGGAUCUAGUGUUUGCUGUUUUGGCGCGGAUCAUCCGUAUCCCCAUGCACCAAUAUGCUAGAUAUUUUGAAAGAUACACGACCAUGGGAGCUAGCCAGCCCGUUGAAUCGCUAUUGCCGGAAGAAGAAGUUUCCAAGAUCAAAGAGGAAAUACGGACAGAGCUUGGCGAGUCGAAAUCGGGUGCAGAGCUAGAGCAGGAGAUCAGAACGCGAAUUCACCAAGUCCAUGUUAAUAUUUUCAAUGAAACACAGAAGGAGACCAUGAGUCGAUGGCCCUUUGAGGCAGAGAUAAAACGCUCCUACUUCCAUGUCACACCUCUCGAGGAAAAGGAGCUGAUAAACUGGCGCAAGUAUCUCGACUUUGAAGAAGUUGAGGGUGACCUCCCGCGCAUCAGAUUUUUAUACGAGAAGUGUCUGGUUGCUACUGCACUGUAUGAUGAGUUCUGGUUCAGAUACGUGAGAUGGAUGACUACUCAAGGCGAAGAGCAUUUCGAGGAGGUUCGAAACAUAUACAGAAGAGGCGCUGCCCUGUUUGUGCCAGUCGGUCGUCCCGCGUUCAGAAUCGAAUAUGCUCAUUUCGAGGAGGCCUACGGCAGUUUGGAGCUGGCUCUAUCAAUCUUGGACUCUGUCUUAGAAGAGAUGCCUGAUAACGUGGAAACUAUCAUAGCUCGAGGAAACUUGGAGCGACGAGCGUACGGCCUGGAUAGUGCAAUUGAAUAUUAUAAGGGCGCCUUGAAGCUUCCAAAUCUCAGCGUUUACGUUAAGGGAGCUAUUGUCGCAGAAUGGGCAAAGCUGGUAUAUACGAUCAAGGGCUCGGUUGAGGAAGCAAGGGAGGUGUUUAGAUGGAACGAAGAUCAGUAUCUCGACAGCCGCUACUUUUGGAUCAACUAUCUUCGAUUCGAGAUUGAUUUGCCGACAAGUGAGGAGCUUGAGCCAGAACGGUACAAGAAUAUAUCCUACGUGAUCAAUUGCGUACGAUCAAAGGCCAGACUGCCGCCUUUAGUUGUCCGUGACCUGUCCCAUAUCUACAUGGUCUAUCUUUUAGAAAGAGGCGGUCCGGGCUCAGCUCGGGAAUACAAAAAGAUUGACUGCGAAGUCUUUGGAUCAUUUUCCAUCCAGCGAGACCACAAACUAAAGAUCUCGCCUGAUGGCACCGAAGAAGGCGCUAAUAAGUUGAUCAAGGAGGCGAAUGGGCAGCCACCGAAGCCAUUGGACGACGCGACUAAGAUUGCGCUAGAUAUCCCAGCAGCGGAUGGCCAAGCUGCUUAAAAGAAGGAGCCUCGAGCGGAUUCUGUUCGGCGGCUUUAAUCUGUACUAUAGCUAGUUCUGUAAUAGUUGAUCGUUUGCUUAUUACUGGAAAUGAAGAUGGUGUGAAUGUAAAGGUAAUCGAGUGUAAGCCGAGUAGACUCGAUAAUGCUGCUUUAAGCGAAGAGCUGCGGAACCCCCACCAGUCCCACGAGCCGCUCUUCCCCG